AAUGCCUGCCUGAUAUUAGAACUUCGAUACUUCUGUCUCACGAUCAACUCUAUUCUUUUGAUAUCAUUUCAGGUGGUAUGGACGAAGAGAUAGAUGUCUCUGCUUUGUUUCUGUAGAAGAGCGAAUAACUAGACUAACUAGCUUAGUUAAAGAAGUCAAUGCCUCAGGUGUCUGAUUUGUCAGCAGAUCCGUACUCGAUGUUAUUUUGCCCAGCGAGAUCCAUGACAGCCAUCCAACCCGAAGGAAAAAAGCGGGAAUCUCACUUUUGUUAUCACUUUUUCUCUAGUCUGAUGUGGUGCGGGUGGGAAGGUGUUAAGCAUGGUCUCUUGAUAUGCGCCCGUUCCAAGUCCUGCGAUUAUCAUGGACGACAACCCAGCUCCCUCGUCGACAGAAAGCAACACCCAGCUUGCUGGCCAAGCAUGUUCAAAUUGCAAAGGAAGUAAGAAGAAAUGCGAUAGGACUCUACCAAGCUGUAGCCGUUGCGUAAGACAGUCGAUUACAUGCACGUAUGAUGUGCACUCUUCGAGGAGCGCUGUUGCAAGAUUGGAAUCCAAAUUGGAUGAGGUCUACGCUCGCUUAGAUAGACUUGAAUCGUCUAUUCUUAAUACUCAAAAUGGCGACUCUGAAAUGCCGACUGUCGCGCCGACAUGCUCUGAGCCGGCAGCUCCCUACCAUCACCGUGACGGUGACACAGAUGCACCAAAAUGGGAAUUCAAUUCUUCUCUAUUAUCAUCACAGAUGAACUCUCUGCUACUUAACAGCAUGAGACAAAUACUGCAGGAAAAUCUCACCACAGAAAAGCAAGUCCUGGAGAAAUACCUGCAAACUGUCCAUCAGUGGCUACCAAUCGUUCCAUCAGCAGACGUUUUGAGAGCAGUCGACAACGAAGAGCAUAAUGAGCUAAAUAAAGGAUGUGCACUGCUCAUAUUAUCAAUGUUUCUUGUGACGGAAAAGCAGUCCCAUACUGCAAACGCAGUUUGGAAGACUGACUGUGUAUACCGGACAUGUAAAAACCAGUUCGCGACGUUUCUGUCGUCCGGAGAGACGAGUCUUUACGCUGUGCAAGCAGGAGUCUUGAUCACGUUGUUUGAAUAUACUCAGGAUCUCAUUGAUGAUGCAUAUACUACCUUGGGUAUAUGUGCGAGGACUGCUCAUACGCAGGGAUUCCAUCAGCUACGGCCUUCAUCCCUUAGCACGCAAAGAGAUGUUUCUGCACAAAUUGGAGCACAGCACAAAACGUGGUGGGCUAUCAUUAUGCUGGAAAGAUAUAUCAACACACCGGUCCUCGAGAAGCCUCGCCAGCCAAUGAUCACUGCUACAGAGAAUGAAAUGACUCUGAUAGAUAUCCCCGAGGCAGCCGUGUUCUCAUCGCCUGCUGAUUUGUUCACCCUCGAGGCAGAGGCUGUCACCCUUUUAAACAAGGUGCAUGAAUUCAUGCGAGAGCAUGGGACAAACGACACUCUACCGUUUCGACAGGCUCUGGAUAUUGACCGUGGACUUACUGCUCUGCUAUGCAAGCUUCAGCUCCGCCAGUAUUGCGCGAUACCCUUCCGAUAUUGCUUUGCUAGUCUUACCUGCGCUUCACUUCUUCUCCACACGCUCUGUCUUUGCAAGGCCAAGGCAAUGGGUGAAAAAAGCUAUAUCGAGAUAUCCAUGAUAAGUCUUCAGGACAAUCUAUUCGGUUCGACCGCCGCCGUUAAACCUAUGCUGGCAGCCAUUUCCAAGGGCACUAUUGCCAUCGAGUCGAUCAAUCCCUUCUGGAGCCGUAUUGCUCUCCAGGCCGAGCUGACACAGCGGGCAAUCAUCGAAGAUCCAACGCAGAGGCAUACUCUUUUCGUAGAACUGCUGCAAGUUCUGUCUAGCAGAUAUAAGAUCGCAGAGAGCUUUCUACGUCUGCUGUGUAAUUCGCACCAUCACACGGAGCAUGACGCUUCGUCUCAGCAUUAGUCACGACAUGUAUCAAACGUCCUUUCAAGUGGUGUUCACAAAAGAGACUUGACAGUGUUCCUCAAGAUUUAGAUUCUAUGAUUGUCUUAGUUACAGCAUGCGGGAGCAUGUCGCAUGAGCCCAGUCAUGCUUGGAACACGAAGUUCUUGGCGGU